AUGAGACCUCGUUGUAUAAUCGCUUUCUUGAUUCUAUCAUUGAUUACAUAUUUUAGACUCCAAAUCACAAGAGCGGAAGAGCGUAGAUUUCAAGAUUCCAUUGAUGAGAAGAAAAACAGGAGAAUUUUGCACCAACCAUUGUUUCCAGCAAGUUCAGCACCUCCACCUCAAUCAGAAUUAUCGCCGCCGCCACCUCCUCCAGACAGCCCAGAAUCACCAAAUCAAGACCAGCCCUUCUUCCAUGAACUCCCCAACGGGUCGACACCUGAUCAGGUCCACCAGUCUCCACAGGCACCAGCCAGUGGCACGACAGUGGGGAAUCCAGUUGUCACUCAACCAUCCAAGUCAGCAAAGAAAGUGGCAAUUGCGAUAUCAGUUGGGAUUGUUACUUUGGGAAUGUUUUCGGCACUGGCAUUCUAUCUCUACAAACACAGAGUGAAACAUCCUGAUGUUUCGCAAAAGCUUGUUAGUGGUAAUUCACAGAGGAUCAAUGAAGACUCGGGAGUAGGACCGUCCACUUUUCUAUAUGUUGGGACGGUGGAGCCGUCCACUACAAGAUCAGUGAGCGAAACAAAUGUUGUCAAUAUCUCGCCCAGUCAAAAAUUGAAAUCUAUGGAAAGAUCUGAUCAGACACGGUAUAGGCCUAGUCCUGACCUUCAGCCACUGCCACCAUUGAACAAACCCCCGCCACCUAGCAUAAAUUUGUCGCCGACCAUAUCAUCAUCAGACGAUGAGAGUCAUGAUACUACUUUUUACAGUGCGCAUGCCUCAUCAGUAAGCAACAUGUCCCCCAGUUCACGCCACAGCUAUCCAAGCAAUAAUUCUAGCCUGAUGCACCAGGCCAGGCCGGAUCAUGUUGUCCCUCAACCCAAGAGAACUUCACCAAAGUCUUGCCUUUCAAUGUCUUCCCCAGAUACAAAACAUGCUAUCAUACCAACAAUUAACCAAUUGCUACCCCCUUAUCCGUUUCCUCCUCCUCCUCCUCCUCCUCCUCCACCACCACCACCACCAACUUCUUCCUUAGAGUCACUGAAGCAAUCUGAAGAGCAGCCAAGCAUAUCAGCUCAACCAUAUAUUCCUAAAAGGCCUAAAUUUUCAGCACCACCUCCACCACUGGACAUUGGACGGCUUCAAUGGAUAAACAAUGACGUGCAGCAGGCAUCCAAAAUCCCAGUUCCACCACCGCCACCAAUGCCAACUUCCAGAAGAUUGAGCACUGUAAAGAAUACACCUUCACCGGCUUCCACAAUGAUAAGGUCACAAGCAGGGACUUCAAGCCCCAGAGCAACUCCAAGGAUUAAGAAGACAAGUCCAGUCAAAGAAGUUAAUACAGGUGUCAAUUCAUCGGAGAAACAAGAUGCAGGGGACAGUGAAGGAUCAAAACCCAAGUUGAAGCCUUUUCACUGGGACAAGGUACGAACAACCUCGGACAGAGCCACUGUUUGGGACCAGCUAAAUUCAAGCUCUUUCCAGUUAAAUGAGGAAGCUAUGGAAUCACUUUUUGGAUGGAGUUCUGCAAAUUCAGUUCCUAAAGAAGCAACUAGGAAGUCGGUCCUCCCUCCUGUAGAAAUGGAGAACAGAGUGCUGGACCCAAAGAAGUCUCAGAACAUAGCUAUCCUAUUACGAGCGUUGAAUGUGACAAGGGAUGAGGUUUCAGAAGCACUUUUAGAUGGAAAUCCAGAGGGAUUAGGUGUAGACCUUUUAGAGACUUUAGUGAAGAUGACACCAACGAAGGAGGAAGAGAUAAAACUUAAAGACUACAAUGGUGACAUCUCUAAAUUAGGGACGGCAGAGCGAUUCCUCAAGGCAGUUCUUGAUAUUCCAUUUGCCUUUAAACGAGUGGAGGCCAUGCUAUACAGAGCAAACUUUGAUACAGAAGUAAAAUACUUGAGAAAGUGCUUUCUAACCAUAGAGGAAGCAAGUGAAGAACUGAAAAACAGUCGCCUAUUCCUUAAACUCCUUGAAGCUGUUCUAAGGACAGGAAACCGAAUGAAUGUCGGUACCAACCGUGGUGAUGCCAGAGCUUUUAAACUUGAUACUUUGUUGAAAUUAGUAGACAUAAAAGGAACGGAUGAUAAAACAAACUUCAGCUUUAAAGAGGAGGAUUUUAAAAGGCAAGGGUUGCAAGUUGUAGCAGGGUUAAGCAAAGAGCUUGGCAAUGUCAGAAGGGCAGCAGGUAUGGACUCAGAUUUAUUGAGUAGUUAUGUCUCCAAGCUUGAAAUAGGACUUGAGAAAGUCAGAUUGGUUUUGCUGCAUGAGAAACAAAAUUCACAAGGAAAAUUUUUCAACUCAAUGCAAAUGUUUCUUGACUAUGCUCAAAAGGAAAUCAAUGGGGUUAAGGCUGAAGAGACGGCAACCUUAUCAAUGGUGAAAGAGCUGACAGAGUAUUUCCACGGAGAUGCUGUAAGAGAGGAGGCCCAUCCUUUCAGGAUUUUCAUGAUUGUGCGAGAUUUUCUCUCCACGUUAGAUAGUGUCUGCAAAGAUGUUGGGACGAUGCAGGACAGAACAACAAUAGGUGCUGCGAGAUCAUUCAGAAUUCCUGUAUCUGCAUCACUUCCAGUGCUCAAUAGAUAUAAUAUACAACAUGAUAGAAGUUCUGACGACGAAAGCAUGUCAUCUUAG